AUGCCCGACUUACUUCUUCCACCCCCUUACCCGCCCACUCAACCCCGCUGGUGCUGGCGGCUAGUGCUGGUGCUGGUUCCUGGUGCUGGCGGCCGGCGCUGGUGCUGGUUCCUGGUGCUGGCGGCUAGCGCUGGUGCUGGUUCCUGGUGCUGGCGGCUAGCGCUGGGCUGGUUCCUGGUGCUGGCGGCUGGUGCUGGUGCUAGUUCCUGGUGCUGGCGGCUGGCGCUGGUGCUGGUUCCUGGUGCUGGCGGUUGGUGCUGGUGCUGGUUCCUGGUGCUGGCGGCUGGCACUGGAGCUGGUUCCUGGUGCUGGCGGCUGGUGCUGGUGCUGGUUCCUGGUGCUGGCAGCUGGCGCUGGUGCUGGUUCCUGGUGCUGGCGGCUGGUGCUGGUGCUGGUUCCUGGUGCUGGCGGCUGGCGCUGGUGCUGGUUUCUGGUGCUGGCGGCUGGCGCUGGUGCUGGUUCCUGCAUUCCGCCGCCACUCUCUUUCCCCUUUCCCUCUCCCCCCCACAGCGUUCCGACGCCAAUCCCUUCCCCUCCUCCCUCUCCCACCCACAGCGACCGCCGCUGCACACGCGAACAGUCGCGACGGGGGGGGUGACGGGCAGGGGGGCGGGGGAAUGCGACGGGCGGAGCGAGGCGACGGGAGGGAAGAAAACGGGAUGGGGGGGGAAGGGCCGCAACGACCACCAUGGACGCCGUCCCCUUCAUUCCCGAUGCCCACCCCCCCCCCCCCCCCCCCCCCCCCCCCCCCCCCCCUCCUUCCCCACUCUCGCGCAAACUCAGCAGCAGGCGUAG